UCUCGUCUCUCCGCUCCGCAUCGCAUGCUGUACUCUAAAUUUUCAACAUCCCACCUGUCUCUACAGCAAUGGAUUUUCGCAUGUUAGCGUCCGACAAAACGAAGCCGUCAUGUUAAGUGAAUUUCGCCAUCGGUGAUGAAACUGCUUUGAGUGGAGAGGACAAGGAAAACAAGAAUUGUCAUUUUGCCGAAUGAUUUUAGCCGCAGUGUCGCAGUUGGACAUCCAAGCCGAGCCGAGAAUGUUACGACAGCAUCAUCAGACGUCGUUCAAAUCCAUGGACAGCGUGGUGGAGGUCAAAAGUAAAUUUGAUGCUGAAUACCGUCGCUUUGCGUUCAAGAGGAACUGCCCAGGUGGCUUCAAAGAGUUUUAUAGCCUACUCCAAACUAUCCAUCAAAUCCCCGAAGUAGACAUGUUAUUAGGAUACGCAGAUGAUCAUGGAGACCUUCUUCCAAUCAACAAUGAUGAGAACUUCCACAAAGCUGUCUCAUCAGCAAAUCCGUUGCUUCGCAUCAUCAUAACAAAGAAAGAUGAACCUGUAGUUUUUGGCACCAACUCCCUCCAGAGACGUAAAAAAGGCCUAGGUUUGACAGGACUCCGUCCCACUGGCUCAUUGUCUGCCCACUCAAAGAGCAAGAUGAGUCUCAUGAUUGGCCGACCACAGAACUUCCGUCAAAUUUCAUCGAUCAUUGACGUGGAUAUCCUACCUGAGACACACCGUCGCGUACGGCUCCACAAACAUGGUACCCAUAAACCACUGGGCUUUUACAUCCGAGAUGGGGCCAGCAUGCGAGUGACGCCUUACGGUGUAGAGAAGGUUCCAGGAGUGUUUAUAUCCCGCCUUGUGCGAGGUGGUCUUGCAGAAAGCACCGGGCUCUUGGGAGUUAAUGAUGAAAUUCUAGAGGUCAAUGGUAUUGAUGUCACAGGAAAAUCGUUAGAUCAGGUGACAGAUAUGAUGGUGGCCAACAGCCACAAUCUUAUAGUGACAGUGAAACCAGCAAACCAGAGGAACAAUGUUACGCAUCGUGGGAGUAAAUCCGCAGGAAAUUCGGGUUCUUUUGGCUCCAAUGGAUCUACAAGCUCUGCGCUAUCACAUGACUCUACGAGUCCUGCCUCUCACAGCACCCCCAUCACUGCAAGUAACAGCAUUGUUGAGGGUGACAGUGAUGAAGAAGAUGAUGAUGAUGGUGACCUCAUCCUGGAAAGUGACUGUUUGACAUUCUAUUCAUCUGGAAACAAUACGAACUUGACCAGUGAAACAUCGCAAGACAGCCCUACGGUUCGAACCCUUCAACAGAGUGUCUCCAUGCCCGAAUACAUGGCAGCAAAUCUGAGAUCCCGUCAAAAUGGCCACCCGGGUCACAGCAUUCAACGGAGUAUGAGAGAGGGGAGUCAACAUAAUAACACUGUAAACACAGCUACUGUAUGAAUUUUCCUGACUAUCACAGAGCGUAACAUAAUUUUUCUUGAUGGGUUUCUACGGAUGAUUCGCUGAUACCUAUUCCAAGAUUUUAAAUGUAUAAGACUCAUCGGCAAUAAUGAUUUCUUUUACUAUGCUGGUCGGGGUGCAUCAUGAACCUGUAUGACAUCAGAACAGUGGUUCUUAAUCUGGGUGGGAUCGAACCCCAGGGGUUGGGUGAGUAAGUCUAAGGGGUUCGGCGAAGGUGAAGACACACAGGGCCCAAUUUUCAUACGCUGACUAAAGGCAAAGUGUUGUCUUACACUUGGUUUUGGACUGAUUUGCAGUAGAUUUACAGUUUUUAUUCCAUUACAUCCAACUGGUAGCCCUCUGUCUAAUGGGGGGAGAAACUGGUUUCCUGAGGGGAAGGUUGACUCGCACUUGGUAUGAAAAAGGAUAACCGACCUACAAGCAGCGUGGACUGCGCUGCUAAUAGGAAAAAAAAAACAUUUGCGUAAGUGUACAUGAAAACAAAAAAAGGAACAAUGAAUGACUUUCAUUUUCCAACCUAAAAUUCAACGGCAAAAUCAUUUGUAGUAAAUUAGAAAUUUGAAUGGCAAUUCACUUAGAUAUUAGCUCGCUAGCUCAGCUAUACAGUGGUACAUCUUCUUACGAACGACUAUACAUACAGAAUUUUCAGGUUAAGAUACUUCUCCACAGGAAAAUAUUGCCUCUUGUUACAAAAGCAAUUUCAGGAGAUGAAAGGCAAAAAUACAGUAUGGCUGGUCCUCAUAGCUCCCACUUUACUGAACGUAAUAUACUUAUAACCAAUGUUCCCUCAAAUUUUCAUGUGUCUGAGCAAACACACAAGCUCCCUGAGCACACUGUGGACCACAAUGAGUAACAUCAGAUGGGUACACAGUGGCCACACACUAGUAUCACGCCUGUUCAAAACCUUGGUUACAUGGCUUAUUAAAAGAAUGAAAUUACAGCAGCAAUUUUCAUUAGUUUACUUUUCAUAUACCGUAAUGUCUGGACUAUAAGGCGCACCUGACUAUAAGCCGCCACCCACCAAAUUUGACAAGAAAACGGCAUUUGUUCAUAGAUAAGCCGCACUGGACAAUAGCCGCAGCUGUCCUCACUGAAUUAUGGGAUAUUUACACCAAAAGAUAUUAUCCGGUUACACUUUAUUGGAUAGCGGCAUCAUAAGACCAAAUUAACCAAUAGGCUGCAAAGCUUCAUUGCUUCAAGAAGCUUCAUUUGGCUAUCACUGCUCCCUUGGGGGAGACAGUCAACCUCUGUUGCCACCUGCUGUCAACACUGAUGUUGUACAUUAGGCCUCCAAGCAUGCAUUGCAGCGCUACAGAUGUAAAUGACAAUCAAUAUUCAUGGUCUCUGCUAAAUAUUUUUUCAGUUACUCUCCCAGUUGUUUCAUUAAGUGGUAUUUGGUAACACUUUCUUUGACAGUGGUGCCAUAAAACUGUCAUAAGACCAUCAUAAUAAUGAUUAAUGCUCAUCAUACCAUGAUGAGCAUUAAUAAAUGCUUAUGACAGAUGUAAAAUUAACUCACUUUUUAAUGGAUGUAUAAGAUCUGAGCUGGACACAAAUGGAGUGUUGGUGACAAAAUUUUCCUGAUGAUACUUAAUGACAUUCAUUCAUUCAUCAAUUCCCAUGAUAGUGUCAUAAUCAUGUCAUAAUUAUGUCGGUCUAAUGGCAGUUUUAUGACGCUGCUGUCGAAUAAAGUGUUACCAAUUAACCCAAAUAAAUCAAUAAAUAAGCCGCACUGGACUAUAAGCCGCAGGAUUCAAAAUGAGGGAAAAAAGUAGUGGCUUAUAGUCCGAAAAUUACGGUAAUUGAUUUGGCCCACUUAAAAUGAAAAAGACAAAAAUAUCAUUCAUGAGAUAUGUACUAUGUCAUAUGUGAGAGGCCUGCUUUGGCCUGGGUCCACUUUAAUUUUUUUUUCAGGUCAUUCAUUGUGAGACAGAAGCAGCCCGGCAAAACGCCACACUAAAAAAUAAGUCACAAUAUCAAAAUGGCGUACCUAUUGGCCAAAACAAAAUGUUUACUGAAUAUGAAAUGUGAACGGCUUCACCUUGCUGGCUCGAAACUGGUCUUUUAGACAUCCACGCCAUAGUAGUAUAGUAGCUCCAUUCUUCACAUUUUUUCCUCCAAGUUUUUGGUUCCGGGAGAGUAUGAAGAAAACAUCCUUUAUAUGUCGUAAUGUCUAGAGUCGUUUCUACAAGUUUUAUAGUAGCAGUCAAUAAUCGGCAUGUCAUUUUUUGAAAGAUUACCGGAGAAAGAAGGCCGAAAAAUGAUGGUUUGCAUACGAGGGCGUGUAUAUAAUGUCCCACUUCCGCUUUACGAUGUGACGUCACGGUCUAAAAAUAGCCUACGUGCGGUAUGCCAUUGUAACAUGUAUUUAUAACAUGUUUGGUUGCAUUUUUAUGCAUUAUGAAAGAUUGAUUUCUGAAUUAUGAGGGCCUUGGAACGGAUUAGGGCAUUUUCAUGCAAAACGCAUUUUUACUUACAGAAUUAUCAAGUUACAAAACUACUUCCAGAACCAAUUAAUUUCAUAAGUAGCGGUACCACUGUAUCAGUUUUUAAUUUGAAAUAAACUCGUGGGGUUUCGGUACCUUAAGCAAGGUUAAGAACCACUGCUUUAGAAUCUUAGCAGCCAUUAUUUUUCAUGCGGUUGUUAACAAUUCUCAAAGUACCCUACAUACAGCGUUAUUAGGCUGCAUUCCAAAUGUGAAAACUUUAAUGAAAAAUAUAUAAAUACAUUUACAGUGGACCUCCACUAUUCAUAGGAGUGUGGGACUCUGGCGUGAAAAUGGAGCAUUUCCACAAAUAAUUGAUGCUGCUGUAAAAGUGCUUAUGAUUUUCUUUAUAUAUUCAAAAGUACCAGAAAUAUAUCAAACUUAAAUAGCAUUUCAGAUGCUUACAAACUACCUGUACGUAAUAGUGUACUAAAUAAUGUACAGUGCUCUUACAUACAAAUAUAAUGAUGAUGAUGAUGGGGGGGGGGGGGGGGUGCCCUACUAUUUGAGAAGUACUGGUUUGAAUGAAUUUUGAAAAACACAGAAAAUCACAAGUAGCCGGUUUUUGCACAAAUAACGGGGACUAGGUAAAUUUGCAAUUGUCGAAUGGUAUGAAUACGUAGUGGUCCACUGUAAUUGAAUCUUCUUUAUUAUGAAAGGAAGAUAAGGCAGAUCAGUCGUAAAAAAAAAAAAAACAUGGCCUAUAUAUAAAGUGUUAUACAGUCUAAUGACAACGCAUUAACUAUGGAAAUACGUAAUUGACAGUCAGUUGAGGAAAAAGCCAACAACCGGAUGCAUUAAAAUUAAAUUGUCCCUUAUCCUUGAGUGGCCAAGGCCACUACUGGCAAAGUUCACUGUAAAGUUUUAAAAUCUCUUUUUAAGUUAGGGGAGAGACAUUGUUUCUACCUAAAUAUUGUAUAUAGUCAAUAUAUCUCCUUUUUAACCAGCUCUAUGUAUUGUAGGGUGAUGGGAAUGAGGACAGCUAAUAAGAUAUACGGGGAUGGUAGGAUGUGUAAAGCAUACAAAGUGUUUUAUGAACUCUAUAUCAAACUGUGAAAAUUCUAAAGCUUCAUUGAAAUAAAAAAUGCAAUCUCGAUGAGUCUUUAUUA